AUGGCUUCCGAGUACACCUAUGACGAAGACGGCGAAACGUGGCCUUUUUUCGUGAUGGCCGUGCUCUCCUUCGCCCUAGUGCCUCUCACAGCAAAAUGGGCUUGGCGAAUCGUUUCCUCAGACCGAAAAAAGGUCAAUGUGCCUGGUGCCAUCGACCACACUUCCACGUCUCUUGGGUUAGAAAACGCUGGCAGCAUUGGUGAUUUCAAGAGAAAACGUACUUCGGACCGAAUCUUCAACAAAACUUUGCUUGUGGUGGUUUUGGGCUGGGCAAUCGUUGGAUAUAUUGGAUGGAACCAUACCAAGGAAGCCAACCUUCAAGGAACAUUUGACCCGUAUGCUAUUUUGGACGUGGCGAUGAAUGCUUCCGAGAGAGAAAUCAAGAGCAAGUACAGAAAGCUCUCGUUGAAGUUCCACCCGGAUAAACUUCCUCAGGAUAUUACUGAUGCCGUCAAACAAGAGAUGGAAGCGGCGUUCAUCAAGAUUAAUUUGGCCUAUAAAUCGUUGACAGACGAAGUCACCAGAAACAACUUUUUGCGCUACGGACACCCCGAUGGACCUCAGGACGUCAAACAUGGAAUUGCACUUCCCAAAUUCUUGGUGGAAGGAAAGUACUCGCCGCUCAUGGUGGUGAUUUACUUUGCUUUGGUGGGUCUUUUGCUUCCUGUGGUUGUGGGUCGCUGGUGGUCCAAUGUCAAGGCCCACACACGUCGAGGACUUCAUGUAGACACGGCUGGGAUUUUUACUCGUAAAUUGACCGAUAGAAACCCGGCAAAAGCGGCCACUCCAAAUAUGCUUCUUGAGUGGUUGGUGCAAGCCCACGAAUUGAAGGAGGUUACGGGGGAUAUGGAGCCUGCUCAAAUCAGAAAAUUGAUCGAUGCUCACUUCCAGAGACAAUCUGGACCUUCAGAUUUGCAAAAACUUCAAAUCGUUGCCAAACUUCCCAACCUUAUAAAUGGCUUGAUAGAUAUUGCCAACGUGUUUCGUCAGUUUGACGUGGUUGCUACGGCAGUUGACCUCCACAAAGCUGUCGUUCUGGCCGUUAACCCUUGUGGAAAGUACCAGGAACUUCUCCAGCUUCCUUAUGUUGACGAAAAUCAAGUCGAGGCCCAGCCGGUCAAAAGACUUGGAAAACUCUUUGCUAUAAAAGAAGACGAAGCCGGGAAAGCAUUGGGAAUUACCGAUGCGCAAAAGCUCAAGACUACGCUCAGCAUUGCUGCACAUAUUCCUUCGCUUCGGAUCCUCGAUGCUUCCUUCAAAGUUCCCGGAGAAGACAAAGUUACUCCUGCUUCCAAAGCUCAUUUGGUAGUCAAAUUUCUCGUAAAGUCUCCACGGUUGAAAUCAUGUCCUCGUAUUGACGACGAAAGGCUCAAAGAAGUCGAGACGAUGGAAAUGUUAAGAAACCCUCUCAAAACCAAUGAUGAGGAAACUUCAUUGCCGCACGCAUAUGCUCCAUACUUCCCAGAGCCUGUUGCUAACAAUUGGUAUGCAUUCAUUCUCAAUCAAAACGACAACCGUAUAGUGGAAGGCAGUGAAGUAUGCAAGCUUGAAAACAUCGAUUUGCUGAAUUUGAAUCUCGCACAAGAACUGUGGAUUUCUGGCAAAGAAGGCGAGGUUAAAAUCAGCACAUUCAAGAUUCCACUUUCGCAGCCUACAGCCUCUGUACCCGGAGUUUCUCACUAUAGAUUGGUCAUGAAGAACAACGUCUACUUUGGAUCGGAUGUUGAUAUUCCUCUUACUUUGGAGGUCAAGCCAGUACCACCCAAGAUUCCUCUGAAUAAAGAAGCCGUCAGAGAUGAUUCCGAUGACGAAAGCGAUAUUUCUGACCCAGAGGAAGACUCACUUGCGGGAGCUCUCGCUGCCUUACGUGGAGGACCGGUCAAGAAAACUGAACCGGAGGAAGAAGAUAGCGACGAAGAAGUGUUUACGGAUAUCAAUACCGACACAGAAGACGAGAGUUGA